AGACKGAARAUGCUAAAGAUGGCACRAACAAAUUAGAAACACAAAAUGCAUCAGCCACAACUCCAGAGACAGGAACAAAUACCCCAGCAUCAAGUCAAACUACUUUAAAGGAGUCCCAAGCCUCACCAGAAAAGAAAAUUAUGAAAACCUAUCGCACCUCCCAGAAAAAGUCCAAUGCAGAUGCMAAAAAUGCCGAAGAAAUGUCUCAUGACAAAAGCAAAAUAACAUCUGAGCAAGCAUCAGCUGAUAAAGAGAAUGGAAACACAGAAAAUACUGGCAAGGCAAUCCAAAAAGAUUCAGAGGAAAAGAUGAAGCCUAAAUUCAAAUGCACUUUUUGCAAUGACUCAUUCUUUUCACAGAAAGAUGUAGACACCCAUGCUAAGACACAUUCAAAUAAAAGAAAACURGAGAUUGAACCUGUGGAGACCCYUCCAGAAUCUGAAGCAAAGUCCUCUCGACCAAAGAGAAGUAAAGCUAUGAAGCCCAAGCCAGAUGAUGAAAAAUUAACYGAUGAUGACAACGRYGRUGAUGAUGAUGCCUUAAAGUGCGAAGUUUGUGGUGACGCAUUCAGUGCUGAGMUGAAGUUAAGAAAACACUUGACAACACACAAUGUAAACAAGAGGCUUCACUGUGAUGGCUGCAAGCUGCCAUUUGCCUUCCAGUACCAACUUGACAGGCAUACUCAAAGAAACACAGGAGCACAGCCUUAUAAAUGUGAUCAGUGCGAAGAUUCUUUCACUCUWCGAUGUCACUUYAAUUAUCAUCUGCGCUUGCACAAUCCCAAGAAGACCCAUGCGUGUGAUCAUUGUGGGAAAACCUUCAACUCGUUUGCCAACCUCAAAGGUCACAUUCGGAUUCACACAGGAGAGAAGCCAUACAAAUGUGACACGUGUGAUAAGCGCUUCACMGAGUACAGCAGUCUUGCYAAGCACAAACGAGCUCACACAGGAGAAAAACCUUUCAAAUGCAACCAUUGCGACAAAGCAUUCUCUCAGUCAGGUGGAUUGACAGCUCACAUGAGRACRCACACAGGAGAGAAGCCAUUCAAGUGCACKGAGUGCGAYCGUGCUUUUGCCAAGGGUUACAACCUSAARACCCACAUGAGGACCCACACUGGAGAGAAGCCCUACAAGUGUGAUAUMUGUGGAAUGCUCUUCUCACAGCAUAGCACUCUUGCUCAGCAUGCACGCCGACAUGAAACUAGAGGACCUAGAUCCAAGGUUUCCACAGCUCAGCAAACCACAGGUAGCCCAGAGUUUGUCAUUGUAGAGACUUCCCUUCAUCCAAAUGAUGACAGCAACUUGAGGCAAGGACAGUCCCAGCCACAAACAGAAACAACUACAGAAAAAGCAAGUACAAUUGUAKCAGAACUUCCAKCUACACCCAAGCAAGCAGAACCAAAGACAAUCCAGRCRGCUACCUUGGAAUCAAUUCCACAGGAAGGAACACCAAUCAUUGUUACCGAGACUGUACUGAGUGAAAAGACCGAAGCAGAAGAAAUGGCGGACAUACAAGAAGCAAGCGAGGCCAUUCAGAUGUUACAGAUGCAACAGUUGGUGAGUCAGGUGGAAGAAGUGGUCGCACAGGCUGCUGCCGCUGCUUCAUACUCGAGUUAAACUGACUCAAAAAGGACUCUAAAAUUUUAGGGAUUAAAAUCCAACUAGCCUGUCUCAGAAUGAACUCUCAAGGCUAUCAUUAUUAAUAUAAUAGUUAGCAGCAUCAUUUUAUUGUAAAACUAUUUUUUUAAUCUUAGUAAGUUAUUUUCUUGUAAGCAUUAUUUUUAAUCUUAAUGAAUGAAUUUGUGUGUUAAUUUCUCAAGUUAAUACAGGGACAUGCAUCUAGAGGUUUCAUGCGGAGGUUCCACCUCUUUUUUCUACAUAAGUGCAUGGUGUUGUUUUGGAUUCACAACGGAAAAAAACUGUUUGGAAAUUGGACAACGGAAAAAAAACUGUUUGGAAAUUGUUUUUACCCCUGGCCAUUGAUUUGGAAAAUAAAGUCUUAAAGAUUGUUUGAAUUCCCUGUAACCCCCCUGUGCACGCCCCUGUAAAAGCGCCACAUAACUACUAACUACAUAACUACUGUAAACUGACUCAAAACAAUGUAUAAUGAAUGUAAUCAGGUUAUACAAUUAUUUUUUUGAACAUUUUCUUGGAGGUUCUGCAACAUUUCAAUAAGUAUUCAGAAUGCUAUUACUUUUAUUAUUAGUAUUUUCAAACAUCACAUAAUUAGAUAUUCAUGGUUUCAGGGAUUGUAAAAAGGGAAAACUCAAAUUUUAUUUCGAAUAUAAUUAAAAAGUUUACAUCCUUUUA